AUGAUAAGAAUUUUUGGCAAAAUAUUCUCAUUCAGCAAUGCUUCAGCACAGUUUAUAGCAGAAGAUAAUAUUGUAUCACCUGGUGUUCCAAAAUCUGACUCAAAUCAUGAGGCUAAAGACACAACUGCAAUAACUCCUGAACUAAGAAAUCGAAUAGAAACUUUUCUUAGCCAACAUAAUAAGGAAACCAUGGAAAUAUUGUUCGGUUUUGAAAAUCAGCUUGAAGAACUUAAAAAAAUUGUCGAGAAUAAUUUUAGAUUGAUUAAAAAGGAAGGGGAAUACAAUAUAAAUAUGAUUUUGCAAAAGGAUGAACAAUUUGAUACAGAACUAAAGAUUCUGAAAGAAAAUGUGCUGCCUUUAAAUGAGCAAGUGAAUUCAAUAAAUUUGAAAAUGGAAACUUUUUCAAUGCUAGAAAAAGGAAUGCACUGUAAUGAAACGAUGCUACAGUCUCUUAACUUAGAUGUUGGAAAAUUGAAAAUGGAAGUAUCUGAGUUAAAACAAGAAUUGUGUAGGGAAAGAGAUAGCAUUUCAGAUCUUGAACAAUCUACAGAAAGACAACUAUUAAAAACAGACAGUUCAUAUGCACAAUGUGAGAAAAAACUCAGGGUUGUGAACAGUUUACUUUCCUCUCGUCUUGUGAAGUUGGAACAAUCUACAGAGUGUUUUCAAUCUGUUUUGGAGAAACGUCAGGAAAAUUUAGCUCAGUUUACAACUAUGAAGGAAAAUCUCUGCAAAUUACAAUGGAAAACAAUCAGUUUAAACAUACAAAUUGAUGUCAUUCUUGCUGGAGAAGAUGGAAUGGGCAAAACUUCAACAGGGAACUCUAUCCUAGGAAGCUCCAAAUUUGGUGCAUCUAGAAACAAAGCUCGAAUCCAAAUCUCUGAAGAGUUUAGAACUGCUAUUGAUGAUGUCACACUUAAGGUUACUGAUCCACUGCCUGACAAUCAAGUAGAGACAUUGCUUGGUCUACAAAUUAAAAGCAAUUAUGAUCCCCUUUUUAAGGUACUUAAACCUGCUAAAUUUCAUGCAUUUAUCUAUGUGGUUAAAUUUGGUUUAGAAAAAUAUGAUUUUUUAUUUGAUUUGAUCAAACAGAACUAUGGUAUCAAAAUACUUAAGAACCAUUGUGUCAUUGUGAUGUGUGGUGGGGAUGAAUUUUAUAAAGAGAACCCUUCUGCUACAUUUGAAAGUUGGUGUGAGAAGCAAACAGGGAGAUUUGCAAACAUGUACACAGACUGUAACAAAAGAAUAGUUUUGUUUGAUAAUGCAACCAGUAAGAAUGAGACAAUAUUGGAGCAACGCAGUAAAUUAUUAAAAGCAAUUCUCAAUCUACCUAGCAAGGGCAACACAUUUAAUAUUAAAGGAGCUCUUUCUGAAUGUUCCUUACAAUAAUGCAUUUUUGUGUAUUUACUGUAAUAAGCUUGCUCUUUAAAAUUAAAAUAACUACAUCAUUAGUAGAUCAAAGUGAAAACAUGCUGGAAA